AUGUGUACCCCCGGUAGUACAAAGCCCCUAGUACAAGGUCCUUGGCCGAUGGACCGAUAUCCCUGCUCACUCGACUACAUAAACUAUCACGUCAACGGGGUAGAAGGUAUGCGGUGACGUAUUCGAUUCUUGCUGACAUAUUAUCGCAAGCACUGUACAACGAGCGUUCCGCCGCUGCGAUUUCCGCUGCGUACUCCUUGGGCGUGUAG